GUCGCAGCGCUGAUGAGCGUCUGAAGUAAUGGCAUGAGCCUGUCGUCGAGAUCCUGUCAAAGUACUGUACAGCGAAUUUCUCGCACCUGAACUUUUACACUCUUUCCUGAGGACUAUUUUACCAUUUAAACGGGACGUCUUAUUACGUUAUUUACUCUGUCACGCAACAGCAGCACUUCAGAAGUCACUCCACCGCAGUUGCGUUCUUGUCUUGAGACAUUUAAAAUAAAAGGAUAUGGUGUUGGACAUGUGAAAUACACGGGCAACUUCAAACAUGAAGCUGGCAUCUUCUCUGUGUUGCCUCGGGUUUCUUCUCACUUCUGUGGCGGUCCGUCUGAGCGACUCGCAGCAAGUAUGCACUGGCACGGAGAAUAAACUGAGUACUCUGUCAGACCUGGACCAGCAGUAUCGGACCCUUCGUAAAUACUAUGAGAACUGCGAGGUGGUGAUGGGGAACCUUGAGAUCACCAGCAUCGAUCGCAGUCGUGACCUGUCCUUUCUUAGGUCCAUUCGUGAGGUGACCGGCUAUGUGCUUGUGGCACUAAAUCAGUUUGAGUAUCUGCCCCUGGAGAAUCUUCGCAUUAUCCGCGGCACCAGGCUGUAUGAAGACCGCUACGCCCUGGCUAUCUUUCUCAACUACCGCAGAGACGGCAACUUUGGUCUCCAUCAGCUUGGCCUUAAGAACUUCACAGAAAUUCUGAAUGGAGGGGUGUACGUGGACCAGAACAAGUUCCUGUGUCAUGCUGAUACCAUCCACUGGCAGGAUAUAGUGAAGAACGCUCGCCCUGAUCACCUGGUGGUGCCAUCCAAUAGCAGCAGCUCAUGUCAGAGGUGUCAUAGAGGAUGUAAUGGACGCUGCUGGGGGCCAAAGGAGGAACAGUGUCAGAGCUUGACGAAGACCGUGUGUGCUGAGCAAUGUGAUGGCCGCUGUUUUGGGCCGUACGUCAGUGACUGCUGUCAUCGUGAAUGUGCUGGAGGCUGUUCUGGACCAAAGGACACCGACUGCUUUGCCUGCACUAAUUUCAACGACAGCGGCGCAUGCGUGACGCAAUGCCCUCAGCCCUUCGUCUACAACCCCAACACGUUCCAGCUGGAGCACAACCCACGGGCCAAAUACACAUAUGGUGCAUUCUGCGUCAAAAAGUGCCCACAUAACUUUGUGGUGGACCACAGCUCCUGUGUCAGAGCCUGUCCCAGCAACAAGAUGGAGGUGGAGGAGAAUAGGAUCAAGAUGUGUAUCCCCUGCACUGAUAUCUGCCCAAAAGCAUGCGAUGGAAUCGGCACUGCCAGCCUUCAGAUGGCCCAAACCGUAGACUCCAGCAACAUCGACAGAUUCAUCAACUGCACCAAGAUCAACGGAAACCUGGUGUUCCUCAUCACAGGCAUUAAAGGGGACGUAUACCACAACAUAGAGCCUUUGGAUCCAGAGAAACUCAGUGUGUUCCGCACCGUUCGAGAGAUCACUGGUUUUCUAAACAUACAAUCUUGGCCAGAAAACAUGACUGAUCUGAGUGUCUUCUCCAAUCUGGCAACCAUUGGAGGCAGGUCUCUCUACAGUGGUAUCUCUCUUCUGGUGCUAAAGCAGCAGUGGAUUUCCUCACUGAAGCUGCAGUCUCUGGGUGAGAUCAGUGCUGGAAAUGUGUACGUCACCAACAACAGUCAACUCUGCUACUACAACACUGUCAACUGGACGGGACUCUUCCGCACCAGCACCCAGAAGGCCCUGAUCCGCAACAACCGCGACCCCAAGGAAUGCAUUUUGGAUCAGAUGAUAUGUGAUCCGCUGUGCUCUGAUGCUGGCUGCUGGGGUCCGGGGCCUGACCAGUGCUUGUCCUGUCGGUUCUUUAGUAGGGGACGUACCUGUGUCGAAUCCUGCAACCUGCACGAAGGACUGGCCGGUUCUAGGCCCAAGCUGCUCACCAGGCCCUAUGUGGUCGAGAAGCGGGAGGCAGGUUUGGAGAGGAAUGUACGCGAGUUCGCAAACGGUUCAGUGUGCCUGGAGUGUGAUGCGCAGUGUGAGGUGGCAGAUGACAACGGUCUUACCUGCACUGGGCCUGGUCCUGAUCACUGUGUUAAAUGUCUUCACUUUAAAGACGGACCCAACUGUGUGGAGAAAUGCCCUGAUGGCCUACAGGGAGCAAACAGCUUCAUCUUCAAAUAUGCAGAGGCCAACAAUGAGUGUCACCCCUGCCAUGUCAACUGUACCCAGGGAUGCACAGGACCUCGUCUGCAAGACUGCAUUGGCAUGAUGGACAGGACUCCCCUCAUUGCAGCUGGGCUUAUUGGGGGAUUGUUUGUGGUGAUCAUUGUGGGUCUGAGUGUUGCCAUAUCAGUGAGAAGGAAGAGCAUCAAGAAGAAGAGAGCCUUGAGACGCUUCUUGGAGACUGAGUUGGUGGAGCCACUGACGCCCAGCGGUGCAACCCCAAACCAAGCACAGUUGCGCAUUCUGAAAGAAACUGAGCUGAAACGGGUGAAGAUCCUAGGAGCUGGGGCCUUUGGCACUGUUUACAAGGGCAUCUGGGUACCUGAGGGCGAGACUGUGAAGAUUCCAGUUGCCAUAAAGAUCUUGAACGAGGCAACGGGCCCCAAAGCCAAUGUAGAGUUCAUGGAUGAGGCUCUGAUCAUGGCCAGCAUGGAGCAUCCUCACCUGGUGCGGUUACUGGGUGUGUGUCUGAGCCCCACCAUUCAGCUGGUCACACAGCUCAUGCCCCAUGGCUGUCUGCUGGACUACGUGCACGAGCAUAAAGACAACAUCGGCUCCCAAUUACUGCUCAACUGGUGUGUUCAGAUCGCCAAGGGUAUGAUGUACUUGGAGGACAGGAGACUUGUGCACAGGGAUCUGGCUGCUCGGAACGUCCUAGUGAAGUCACCCAACCAUAUAAAGAUCACUGACUUCGGUCUGGCUCGCCUUCUGGAUGCAGAUGAGAAGGAAUACAAUGCAGAUGGGGGCAAGAUCCCUAUAAAGUGGAUGGCAUUGGAGUGCAUCCACUAUAGAAAAUUCACCCACCAAAGUGACGUAUGGAGUUACGGAGUGACUAUCUGGGAGCUGAUGACAUUUGGAGGAAAGCCGUAUGAUGGAAUCCCAACCCGAGAGAUUCCUGACCUGUUGGAGAAAGGAGAGAGGCUUCCUCAACCUCCCAUUUGCACUAUUGAUGUCUACAUGGUCAUGGUCAAAUGCUGGAUGAUAGAUGCAGACAGCAGACCCAGAUUUAAGGAGCUUGCAGCAGAGUUCAGCCGAAUGGCAAGAGAUCCACAACGUUACCUAGUCAUCCAGGGGGACGACCGCAUGAAGCUGCCCAGCCCAAAUGACAGUAAGUUCUUCCAGAGUCUGCUAGAUGAGGAGGAACUGGAGGAUCUGAUGGAUGCCGAGGAGUAUUUAGUGCCACACGCCUUCAGUAUUCCCCCACUGGCAUACACAACCAGAUCACGCAUGGACUCCAACAGAAACCAGUUCGCAUACCAGGACGGCAGCUUUGGAAUGAAGGAGAUGAAGGCCACUAUCCCGCAGGUUGUGGCUUUGUCUGCGGUCAGACCAGGCUGUUCCACUCAGAAGCAAUCUAUGGCCCAGCAGGGGCCCUCAGAGGCAUUUGAAGACAGCCGCUGUAAUGGCACUCUCAGGAAGAAGGCUUCACCCAGGGCGAGCACCGGGGAGGACAGCAGUGUCCAGCGCUACAGUUCAGACCCAACUGUGAUACUAUGUGAGCGUGGAGCAAGAGCUGAGACCGACCAGGCUACAUACAUGAGCGCCAUGCAGGACAAAAAGCCCUCAGAUUAUCUCAACCCUGUGGAAGAGAACCCCUUUGUCACUCAUCGCAAAAAUGGAGAAGUCCACACUACCGAGCGAGGUUACCACAGUACCUCCAACGGGCAGCCCAAAGUGGAGGAUGAGUACGUCAAUGACCCGUUGUACCUAAACACCUUCCACAACUCUGGGGAAAAGAGUCACGACGUAUUGCGGAAAAACGGAGUGCCUAUGGCACACACGGCAGCAGCAGUAGUAGUAGCAGCAGCAGCAAAUAGUGGAACUUCCAUCAGCCAGAACCUUUUCCAAACCAUGCAACCAGCAGCACCCAGUGCCCAUGUCUCAACACAGCCACUGUACCAAGGCAAACAAAGCAUCUCCACCCUCUCAGGCCACACCCACCACUCCGCCCAUCCCGGACACACCCUCCACCCCGCACACUCUGGUACUAUCAAAGCAGACAUAAAGCCCAAAAAGACAUUUGACAAUCCCGAGUACUGGCAGCACAGUCUUCCCCCUAAAGCCACUCUCCACAACCCUGAGUAUCUGCAGGACUGCAGCACACGCUUCUUCUACCGGCAAAAUGGUCGGAUCCGACCCGCCGUGGCUGAGAACCAGGAGUACCUGUCCGAGUAUGCACUAAAACCGGGCACAGUGUUGCCACCGCCUCCCUAUCGUCAGAGGAACACUGUUGUGUAGCAACAACAGCCAAGACAACGAAGGAAAGAUGGAGGUAAAGAGAGAGUCAUAGUGUGUUCUCACGCUGGCUCUCACACCAGCACUGCAAUCUCUCCGCUCUUCUCUGAACUGGAUUUAACACUCAACCUCCAAUGACCUAGAACUGAUCCACUUGAGUGAACUUCUCCUCCAGAGGCAUUGGUCACAGAUGGCCACAUCAAUCAAAGCUCCUUCCUGUUUGUCUCUUCUCACCUCAGUCACCAUUAAGAUCUGUUUCCCCUACUUGAGCCCAACUUUCGGAAAAGUGAUACUCUUCCUAGCAUUUUGUAGAUGUUACACUCAUCUCAUUGAAUGCAAGUACUGACGUUGACGUGCAAUGUGAGUUGAUCCAAUAGCAGAGAGGGGUCAUUCUUAUGUGUAAUUACAGAACUGGGAAUUUUGGGGGAAUUUAAUUUGAAGCUACGAUAUGAUCUGUUGUAAUUUAUGACUUCAG